UGAGAUUCCCAUGGAAUUCCCAACCCUGAAAUUCCUGAGGUUUUAGGAUUUUUCUGGAAAAUCCCAGAUUUCCCAUGAUCCAUCCCUCACCUCCGGAAAUCCCAGGUGCUCCGUAGGAUCCCACCAUGAGCGGCCUCGGCGACGGCUCCGCGGAUCCGGCGAUUCCCGAAUCGCGGAAGCGCAAAGGAUCCCCCUGCGACCCCGCCCUCAGCGCGGAGAAGCGGCGGCGCGAGCAGGAGCACCGGUACCUGGAGGAGCUGGCCGAGCUGCUCUCGGCCAACAUCGGCGACAUCGACUCGCUCAGCGUCAAACCCGACAAGUGCCAGAUCCUGAAGAAAACCGUGGAUCAGAUCCAGCACAUGAAGCGCCUGGAGCAGGAAAAAACGACAGAUGACGACGUCCAGAAAUCCGACAUCUCCUCCAGCAGCCAGGGCGUGAUCGAGAAGGAAUCGCUGGGGCCGCUCCUGCUCGAGGCCCUGGAUGGAUUCUUUUUCGUGGUGAACCGCGAGGGCCGGAUCGUGUUCGUGUCGGAGAACGUGACGGGGUACCUGGGCUACGGGCAGGAGGAGCUGAUGAACUCCAGCGUGUACAGCAUCCUGCACGUGGGCGACCACGCCGAGUUCGUCAAGAACCUGCUGCCCAAGUCCCUGGUGAACGGCGUGCCGUGGCCGCAGGAGCCGUCGCGCCGCAGCAGCCACACCUUCCAGUGCCGGAUGCUGGUGCGGCCGCCGGACGAGGCCGGCGCCGAGAACGCCGAGCUGCGGCAGCGCUACGAGGUGAUGCAGUGCUUCACCGUCAGCCAGCCCCGCGCCUUCCAGGAGGAGGGAGAAGAUUUCCAGUCCUGCCUGAUCUGCAUCGCCCGGAGGUUGCCGCGCCCGACCGCCCCGACCCCGACCGAGUCCUUUGUCACCAAACAGGACACCACAGGAAAAAUCAUCUCCAUCGACACCAGCUCGCUGCGCGCUGCCGGCCGGACGGGGUGGGAGGAUCUGGUUCGGAAAUGCAUCUACGCCUUCUUCCAGCCCCAGGGCCGGGAGCCCUCCUAUGCCAAGCAGCUUUUUCAAGAAGUGAUGACGCGGGGCGCGGCCUUCAGCCCCUCGUACCGCUUCACGCUGAGCGACGGCUCCGUGCUGAGCGCCCACACCAAGUGCAAGCUCUGCUACCCCUCGAGCCCCGAGGUGCAGCCCUUCAUCAUGGGCAUCCACGUCAUCGACAGGGAUCACGGAAUUCUGUCCCCACAGGACGCCCCCGCGCCCGGCCUGGCCCUCCCCAGGCUGAAUCCCAACGUUUCUCCGGGAUCGGGAAUGGCGCUGCCGCCUUCCCUCCCUCCAUCCAACGGCUCCGUCAUGGCCACGCCCCCGCCCCAUCCCGGCAAUUCCCAACAGAAUUUCGGGAAUCCGCUGGCAUCCAACGUUGCCUUAAACCAGAGCCCCGGCAAUUCCCACCCUUUGUCUCACGGCAGCUCCCCCAUGAACAGCCCCGGCGUUCCGGCGCCGCAGUUCCUGUCGCCGCGGCACCGCGGCAGCCCGGGCCUGAUCCCCCGAUCCCGAGCUCCUCCCGGCAAUCCCUUCUCGCCGUCCAUGCACUCCUCCGGAGGCGGCAAUUCCCGGCCUUUCCCCGGCGCUCCCGGCAAUCCGGCGCUUCCCGACGCCAACCCCGCGGCGUUCCCCUUGCGGCAGCCCAACUCCCAAAGCUCUCCCGGCCGCUUGGGCGGCAAAUCCGACGGCAAGGACGGCAAGGAGAUGGCUUCCGUCCUGGGCGAGAUGAUCCAAGGGGACGCCGAGAAAGCGCCGGAGCCGGGAAUGGCGCACGGGGCCGACGGCUCCGAGGCCAAGUGCCCGCAGGCCACCAGCCACCGCCUGGUGCAGCUGCUGGCCAGCACGGCCGAGCAGCAGCUGCGGCACCACGCCGACGCCGACACCAGCUCCAAGGACGCCCUGGCCUGCGCCGGCAUCGCCGGGAACCCCGCCGGGAAUUCCUGCCCGUCCUCGCACAGCUCGCUGACGGAGCGGCACAAAAUCCUGCACCGGCUGCUGCAGGAGGGGAGCCCCUCGGACGUGCCGGGUUUGACGCCCGAGCAGGACAAGAAGGAGAAUCCCGGCGGGAACGCCACCGGGAACGCUGGUGGGAAUGCCGGCGCGCAUCCCGGCACGCCGGAGGCGGAGAAGAAGAAGGAAUCCAAGGAUCACCAGCUGCUGCGGUACCUGCUGGACAAGGACGAGAAGGAGCUGGGCGCGGCGCCGGCGCUCAGCCUGGACGACGUCAAGGUCAAGGUGGAGAAGGGCGAGGCCGCGGAGCCGUGCCCGGCCCCCGGAGCCCCCGGAGCCCCCGGAGCCAAGGUGCCGCCCGGAGACGAGGCCAAGGCGGAGCCGCAGGGACAGUUCUCAGCCGAGCUGGAGCAGCUGGAUCAGCUCCUCCCUUCCUUGGAAAAAUCGGCACCGAUUCCCGGGAUUUGCGGCCCAGAAAGGAAUGAAUCCGGAAUUUCCGGAAUGUCCGGAGCAGUGUCCGGAGCAGUGACCCCUCUGCAGCCCAGCACGGCCGCCAGAGCCCCCACGGCCCUGGGCUCCUCUCCGGCCGUUCCCGCUCCUCGUGCUCCCUUCGAUUUCUGCGAUCCCGGCAAUCCCGGCGCCUCCCGCGGCCCCGCCCAGCCGGGCAGGAACUCCGGGAAUGUUCCCAACCCUUUCCCGCCCGACUCAGGAAUGCCAGAGCUGGAGCUGGGAGUUCCCGAUCCCGGGUUGGGAAUCCCGGGAAUGUCGGAGCAGAUCCCGUGGGCGGAUCCCGGGAUGGCGGCGCUGAACCGAGGGGCUCUUCCCAAACAGGACGAGCCGUGCCAGCUGGACGAGCUGCUGUGCCCGCCCACGACGGCCGAGGGCCGCAGUGACGAGAAGGCGCUGCUGGAGCAGCUCGUCACCUUCCUGAGCGGCCGCGACGAGACCGAGCUGGCCGAGCUCGACCGCGCCCUCGGCAUCGACAAACUCGUCCAGGGCGGUGGCCUGGAAGCGCUGACAGAACGAUUCCAGCCCCACCAACCCACGCCCCCUGCGCUGCUCCUGGAGCAAAAACCGGGAAUGUUCUCCCAACCCUUCCCUCCUUCCUCCUCCUCCUCCUCUUCCUCCUCCUCCUCCUCCUCGGCCUCUCCCAGCGCCAACAUUCCCGCCAAUUUCCCGGGAAUGCUGCGGCAGAAGCCGCCCUUCGGAGCCGUCCCCGUUCCCGUCCCUCCUCCUCCUCCUCCUCCUCCCGCGCGCGGAACAUUCCCGAACAAUUCCCUGGGAAUUCCGGCCCGGCAACCGCUCAGCCGCCCCCCGAGCGCCCCCAACCAGCUCCGCCUGCAGCUCCAGCAGCGCCUGCAGGGCCAGCAGCAGCUGCUCCACCAGAACCGCCAGGCGCUGCUCAACCAGUUUGGGGCUCCGAUGGGGAUGGCCAUGAGGGCCGGAAUGCAGCAGCAGCAGCAGCAGCAGCAGCAGCAGCUGGCCCCACAGCCGCCCCUGAACGCGCAGAUGCUGGCGCAGCGGCAGCGGGAGCUCUACAGCCAGCAGCACCGGCAGCGGCAGCUGAUGCAGCAGCGCGCGCUCCUGAUGCGCCAGCAGCAGAACUUCGGCAAUUCCGCCGCCGCCAUUCCCAUGGGAACGCCCCGCAUGCCCCAAGCCCCGCCCCAGCAAUUCCCGUAUCCCCCCAGUUACGGUACGAGCGCCGGGAACGCCGGCGGAUCCGGCUUUUCCAACGAGGCGGCGGCGCUGGGGAGCCGCGGGUCCCUCGGGAAUCGCGGGAUGAUGGGAGCGCAGUUCGGAGCCGGGAUGGGCCCGGCCGGGAUGCAGCAGAACCUGUUCCAGUAUUCGGGAUCAGGGAUGGCGCAGCAGAGCGAGGCCGCCUUCGCCCCCGCGCUCAGCCCCGGCAGCCCCCUGGUGUCGCCGCAGCUGCCGCCGGCGCCGCCCGCGCCCGGAUACCAAUCGCCGGAGCUGAAAUCCUGGCAGGCCGGAGCCAUGGGGAAUAACGGGGUGUUUCCCGGCGCGGCGGCGGCGCCGGCCCCGGCGGGGAUGUACAACAACAUGAGCAUCACCGUGUCCAUGGCCGGCGGCGGCGCCGGCAUCGGCCCCAUGGCCACCGGCAUCGGCCCCAUGGCGCCCAUGAUGGCCGGCGUCAGCCCCAUGUGCUCCGAGCAGGUCCCGGACGCGGCGCUGAGGCCUCCAGGGCUCUACUGCAACCAGCUGGGCUCCGGGGAGCUGCUCAAGGCCGAGCCCGACGGCGCCCAGGUGCAGCAGGUGCAGGUGUUCGCCGACGUCCAGUGCACGGUGAAUUUGGUGGGAGAUCCCUACCUCAACGCGCCGGCUCCGUUGGCCAAUCCCAAAAACGCCGCUCCGCCGCCGCCGCCGCCGCCGCCGGGACAGGGGAAGAGCCUCCUGCAGCAGCUCCUGACGGAGUGAAGAACCCGGAAAAAAACUCGGGAAUUCCCAAAAAAAUU